AUGAAGAUGACACUGUUGGGCUUAGUUUUGUGGUCCCUGCUCCUCCAUCCAGGGCUGACGUUCUGGGCCUCCCAGAUCAGUCAGAACUGCAACAACGGCAGCUAUGAGAUCACCGUCCUGAUGAUGAACAACUCGGCCUUCCCAGAGACCUUGGAGAACUUGAAAGAAGCGGUGAAUGAGGGAGUGCAAAUAGUGAAACAGCGUCUGCUCAAUGCUGGCAUAAAUGUGACUGUGAUCGCUACCUUUAUCUCUUCGGAGAGUGUGAUUUACAAGUCAAAUGACUGCCGGAGUAGUACCUGUGAAGGCCUUGACCUACUCAGGGAAAUUUCCAAGAACAAACGGAUGGGCUGUGUCCUCAUGGGGCCCUCGUGCACAUAUUCCACCUUCCAGAUGUACCUUGACACAGAUUUGAACUAUCCCAUGAUUUCAGCGGGGAGUUUUGGAUUAUCAUGUGACUAUAAAGAGACUUUAACCAGGAUGAUGUCUCCAGCUCGGAAGCUGAUGUACUUCUUGGUUAACUUUUGGAACGCCAACCAUUUGCCAUUCAAAGAUUUUUCCUGGAACACUGCAUAUGUUUUCAAAAAUGGCACCGAGACCGAGGACUGUUUCUGGUACAUCAAUGCUCUGGAGGCUGGGGUUUCCUAUUUUUCUCAGGAACUUAACUUCAAGGAUAUUUUGAGGGGAGAUGACCAGUUUCAGGAUAUCUUAAUGAACCAAAACAGGAAAAGCAAUGUGAUUGUUGUGUGUGGUAAACCAGACACAAUCAACUCCCUCAAAGGUGACCGGGCAGUGGCUGAAGAUAUUGUGAUUAUUCUAGUGGAUCUAUUCAAUAACGAAUACUUCAUGGAUAAUGUCACAGCCCCUGACUAUAUGAAAAAUGUCCUUGUCCUGACAUUGCCUCCUGAGAAUUCCAUCUCAAAUAGCUCUUUCUCCAAAGAUUUAUCAUGGGCAAAAAAUGACUUUGCUCUUGCCUACUUGGAUGGCAUCUUGCUCUUUGGACACAUGCUGAAGAUAUUUCUUGAAAAUGGAGAAGCUAUUACCACCCCCAAAUUUGCUCAUGCUUUCAAGAACCUCACUUUUGAAGGGCAUGCGGGUCCUGUGACUUUGGACGACUGUGGGGAUGUUGACAACACUAUGGUGCUUCUGUACACCUCUGUGGAUACCAACAAAUACAACGUUCUCUUGACCUAUGACACCCAUGUAAAUAGGACUAAUCCCAAGGAAGAAAGCCCCACAUUCAUCUGGAAGAACCACAAACUUCCUAAUGAUAUCCCAGGCCAGGGCCCUCAAGUUCUGUUGAUUGCGGUCUUCACCCUCACAGGAGCUGUGGUUUUGCUCCUCCUCAUCGCCCUUCUGGUGCUGAGAAAAUAUAAGAAAGAAUAUGAACUUCGUCAGAAGAAAUGGUCCCACAUUCCUCCUGAAAAUAUCUUUCCUCUGGAGACCAAUGAGACCAACCACGUUAGCCUGAAGAUCGAUGAUGACAAGAGACGAGACACAAUUCAGAGACUCCGACAGUGCAAAUACGACAAAAAGCGAGUGAUUCUAAAGGAUCUCAAGCACAAUGAUGGCAAUUUCACUGAGAAACAGAAGAUAGAAUUGAACAAGCUGCUUCAGAUGGACUAUUACAACCUAACCAAGUUUUACGGCACAGUGAAGCUUGAUACCAUGAUCUUUGGGGUGAUCGAAUACUGCGAGAGAGGAUCCCUCCGGGAAGUUUUAAAUGACACCAUCUCCUACCCUGAUGGUACAUUCAUGGAUUGGGAGUUUAAGAUCUCGGUCUUGUAUGACAUUGCUAAGGGCAUGUCUUACCUGCAUGCCAGUAAGACCGAAGUCCAUGGCCGUCUGAAAUCCACCAACUGUGUGGUAGACAGUAGAAUGGUGGUAAAGAUCACUGAUUUUGGCUGCAGUUCCAUUUUGCCUCCAACAAAAGACCUGUGGACGGCCCCGGAGCACCUCCGCCAAGCCAGCAUCUCCCAGAAAGGAGACGUGUACAGCUACGGCAUCAUCGCCCAGGAGAUCAUCUUGCGGCGGGAAACCUUCUACACACUGAGCUGCCGGGACCAGAAUGAGAAGAUUUUCAGAGUAGAGAAUUCCAAUGGAGUAAAACCCUUCCGUCCAGAUCUGUUCCUGGAAACGGCAGAGGAGAAAGAACUGGAAGUCUAUCUACUUGUAAAAAACUGCUGGGAGGAAGAUCCAGAGAAGAGACCAGAUUUCAAGAAAAUUGAGUCUACGCUGGCCAAGAUAUUUGGCCUAUUUCAUGAUGAAAAAAAUGAAACUUAUAUGGACACCUUGAUCCGACGUCUACAGCUGUAUUCUCGAAACCUGGAACAUUUGGUGGAGGAAAGGACGCAGCUGUACAAGGCAGAGAGGGACAGAGCUGACAGACUUAACUUUAUGUUGCUCCCACGGCUGGUGGUCAAGUCUCUGAAGGAGAAAGGCAUUGUGGAGCCUGAACUGUAUGAGGAAGUUACAAUCUACUUCAGUGACAUUGUAGGUUUUACCACCAUCUGCAAAUACAGCACCCCCAUGGAAGUGGUGGACAUGCUCAAUGACAUCUAUAAGAGUUUUGACCACAUUCUUGAUCACCACGAUGUGUACAAGGUGGAAACCAUUGGUGAUGCCUACAUGGUGGCCAGUGGUUUGCCUAAGAGGAAUGGCAAUAGACAUGCAAUAGAUAUUGCCAAGAUGGCCUUGGAUAUCCUCAGCUUCAUGGGGACCUUUGAACUGGAGCAUCUUCCUGGUCUCCCAAUAUGGAUUCGCAUUGGCAUUCAUUCUGGUCCCUGUGCUGCUGGAGUUGUGGGAAUCAAGAUGCCUCGCUAUUGCCUAUUUGGAGAUACCGUCAACACAGCCUCUAGGAUGGAAUCCACUGGCCUCCCCUUGAGAAUUCACGUGAGCGGCUCCACAAUAGCCAUCCUGAAGAGAACUGAAUGCCAGUUCCUGUACGAAGUGAGAGGCGAAACAUACUUAAAGGGAAGAGGAACCGAGACUACGUACUGGCUGACCGGGGUGAAGGGCCGAGAGUACACCCUGCCAACGCCUCCCACUGUGGAGAAUCAGCAGCGCUUGCAAGCCGACUUUUCCGACAUGAUUGCCAACUCUUUACAGAAAAGGCAGGCGGCAGGGAUCAGAAGCCGAAAGCCAACGCGGGUGGCCAGCUACAAAAAAGGAACUUUGGAAUACUUGCAGCUGAACACGACAGACAAGGAGAACACCCAUUUUUAAACCGAAAUGAAGUCCAAGGACUCAGCAAAUUAAGUACAGCCUCGCUCGGGCAGUGGCCUCCAGUGUCCACGAAACCUAAUGCAAUAGAAGACUUAGAUAUACUCUGCUUCGCCCUGUCUGGAGCAUAGACUUGCUUCUGUGAAUCCGAUGUGCGCUCUCAGUGCAAAAAAUUACCUUUUACUCUGGAGUCUGAUCUCAGCACUGGCUCGAGGGACCUUCCACCUGGGAAGAAAGAGGAAUGGAUGCACCGUAUCUAAGUUGAAGAGACUGUGUUCUUACUUCAUUUACUUCGUGUCCAUUUUUGUUUUGUUUACUGACUCUUUUUCCUUCUGUAUUCACGAGAGGAGUUUUU